CUUUGCCUUUUCAUUCGUAUAAGCGACUUCGUGUGCUUUGGAUGUUUUGCGCGCUUUAUUAAAAAACCAAAAUUACUCAGUUAUAAACCAAACCCGCACAACUUUGCACCGGUAUUUGCGCGCGCAUCUUAUUGUUAAACUAUUGACAACGCAUAAAAUUGCUACAGUUCCAGUUAAUUGCUAGCGAACAAGUAAGGUUUGUGUAGGCGUGACUGCACUUGUUUCAAGCCCUUUUGUGUGCGUGUGUGUGUAUCCUUACAUCCUCGCCUGUCCCCGCCGCCGCUGCCGACGCCGCCACCAAAAAACUGUGCACAGGGUGUGGUGUUGAAAAAUUCCAGCGCAAAGUAAACCAAAUUAAAAAAAAAAACCUUAAAAACAUGUCGGUCUCCUCGAAUGCCUCGUCCGCCUCGCGCAACGGCAGUGUCGAUGAUAGCACAACAACAACAACAACAACGGACAGUUCAGAGCUGUCGCACAUUUUGAACCGACGACAGGAGAUUAUGGACUCCCAGGAGGCGGGCAUCGAGGUGCCGCGCACCUUUAAGGUGGUCAAUGUCUACACCGAAUUCCAUGAGUUUACGCGCAAGCAAAUCAAGGAUUAUCAGAAGACCUUCAAUACCUACGACACGGCUAGGGAUGGAUUUUUGGACCUGAACGAGCUGAAGUACAUGAUGGAGAAGCUGGGCGCACCGCAGACCCAUUUGGGGCUGAAGAAAAUGAUAGCCGACGUGGAUGAGGAUCACGAUGGCAAGAUAUCGUUCCGUGAGUUCCUGUUGAUCUAUCGCAAGGCGCAGGCCGGCGAGCUGGACAGCGAUUCGGGCCUGAAUCAAUUGGCCCGCCUCACCGAGAUCGAUGUGGAGCAGGUCGGCGUCAGCGGUGCCAAGAACUUCUUCGAGGCGAAAAUAGAGCAGCAGCUGCGCACAAAUAAGUUCCACGACGAGAUACGGCAGGAGCAGGAGGAGCGACGCCGCGAGGAGGAGGAGCGCGCCCAGAGACGCCAGCAGUUCCAGCAGCGCGCCGCCAUCUUUCAGUAAAAAGCCAAAUUGUGUCGGCAUUUUAUAUACAUACAUAUUUAUACAAGAUAUUCGAUAAUUUGUAGUCUAGCGCGUAAUCCUUGUGGCGUAGGUUAAACAAAUGCAACAUAGCACACAUUUAGGGGCAAAUGCGGAGCAGGACUUUGAUAUCACAUCACAUAUAACAUACCCAUUCAUUCAAUUAUAACUAACUAUAUAAAUAACAUACAUAACAUACAUAACAUUUAUAACAUUUAUACAUAUAGUUAACGAGCAUACCAAAAGCAUAAAUUUUAGUUGCCUAUUUAAGUGAAGCAUCAAAUAUAUAUAUUUUUUAUGUUUAGUUUUAAGGCUUUUCCGUUUUCCCUUUUUGUUUUUGUUUUUUUGGUAUUCCGCGAAAGUUUUGUUAAUUUUUUAAUAUCUGUCUUUAUUUGCUUUUACUUGUUUUAAUUAUUAGUGCCAUUUUUUUUUUUAAAUUUCAUUUCAAUUUUUUGUUAAUAAAAUUAAAUCACAUGUUUUAUGUUGCAUAAGUUAAAAAAUUUGUUAAAAAGGAUAAAAAGAUUUUCUAUUUUACUUUACACUCAACUGUUUUUUGUACAUAUUUAUGUUGCAUUUUUUUUGUAUGGGUCAUUAUAUUUAAGUUGAAAAUCUCAGUAUUUUCAUACAGCAAUAUGCGAGCCGUUCAAGCAAUAUUAAAUUACGUUUAAAUAUAUGAAUAUACAAAUAUAACGGCAAUUACUAAACAUACAUAUGAAUUACUGUAUAUAGUGCAAAUAAAAAUAUACGUGAAAAACCA